AUGCGUGGCGUGCCGGCGCGGCCGUCGGGGGCUCCACGUUUAUGGCGGGCAGUGGGACGGCGCCGGAACUGCCCGGCUCCCUGCUCUUCCCGGAAGUCGCGGUUUACAGCCCUCCUACAGGAAGGGCGCUCGGGAUGGGCGCUGCGGGCAGUCCGGACAAAGGAAGACUCCACAGAGGCGAAGAGUGACGAGCGGCCGCCGCUGAGCCUGCAGCUGGCGGAGAGCGUGUCUCUGGGGGCGCGGCUCGCGCUCUCGCACUGCCAGCAGCUGUUCCGCUGGAGGCCCUGGAACUGCCCGGCCGCCGACUUCAGCCUGAGGGCGCAGCGGCGCGUGACGCGGGAGGCGGCGCUGGUGUCGGCGCUGACGGCGGCCGGCGUGGCGCACAGCGUCACCAGGAACUGCUCGCGCGGCGACGUGCCGGGCUGCGGCUGCGACGACCGAGUGAGGCAGCGUCUGGAGGAGCGUCAGCUGCCGGCUGGCGAGAGUCAACCUGCGGAGUACGCCUGGCAGUGGGGCGGCUGCAGCGAGGCACCGCUGUUCGGCCAGGCGGUGGCCAGCAGGUUCCUGGACGGCAGCGAGCAGGCCGUGGACGCCACCGCCUUCGCGCGCCGGCACAACCACCGCGUCGGCAUCGAAGUGGUGCGAGGCAGCAUGGAGACGCGCUGCAAGUGCCACGGCACGUCGGGCUCGUGCAGCGUGCAGACGUGCUGGCGGCUGCUGCGGCCCUUCCACCACGUGGCGGCCCGCCUAGAGCGCCUCUACCACGACGCCAUCCGGAUUAAUUAUGAUGAGCAGCUGGGAAGCAUUGCACUGGGAAAUUCUGCCACCAUGGACCAUCCUGAUGUAUCACCAGAACAGCUCAUUUACAUUGAACAGUCACCAAAUUACUGUCUUCCAAACAGAACAUCAGGAUGGCAUGGAGUGAGGGGAAGAUCAUGUCCAAAAGAAGUUUUGGACUCUGGAGAGGUCAAAGACCAUUGCCGAGACCUCUGUGCAGCAUGUGGUUUUGCAGUGUCACAGGAUGCCAGGAUACAGACUGAGGUAGUCGCCAAGUUCUCGGGGCCACUCGAAACACAGGAACAUGAGUGCCCAGGUCCACUCAGCUAUUGGGUCUCCACCUGCGCGUGA